CUUGAGCAGCAGCAAGCGCUUUCCCUGCUCAAGCGCCCGCGACGUGCCAACAAGGGAUUCCUGGAAGAGAUGCUCAAAGGCAACCUGGAACGGGAGUGUCUAGAAGAGAAAUGUAGCUAUGAGGAAGCCUAUGAAGCCCUCGAGUCCACUGUUCGCACGGAUGAAUUCUGGAGGAAAUACAGGGAAUGUGAAUCCCAGAGGAAGCUCAGGACAGCUCUGGAUGAGUGUCUGGCAGGAAACUGUGUCUCAGGCAGUGGACAGAACUAUCAAGGGACAAUUUCUGUCACCAAGUCGGGGAUUGAAUGUCAGUUCUGGACAAGCAAAUUCCCUCACAGACCUGAGUUUAACAUCACCACCCAUCCGGAUGCCAAUCUCACCAAGAAUUACUGCAGGAACCCAGACAACAACCCAAAUGGCCCCUGGUGCUACACCCGAGACCCAGCAGUGCGAUGGGAAGAGUGUGCUGUUCCAGUGUGUGGUCAAGACAAGACCACAGUUCCAUUUAUUCCCCGGACUCCUCCACUGGACAGAACACAGGAGCCAUGUGAAAUGGACAAAGGGCUGUAUUACGAUGGGAAUCUCUCUGUCACUGUCUCUGGGGCCAAGUGUUUGCCAUGGGCCUCAGACAAGGCAAAGGAGCUGUCCCAUGGAAUUAUGUUUCUCCCAGAAGUGAAGCUGGUGGAGAAUUAUUGCCGGAAUCCUGAUGGGGAUGAUGAAGUGAGGUCUUUGGAUGAGAUGGACGACGUAAUAGCAGGGCGGACCAUUACCCAAGAGCACCAAACCUUCUUUGAUGUUACAACUUUUGGUUCAGGUGAAGCAGAUUGUGGCAUCCGUCCCCUGUUUGAGAAGAAAAAGAUUUCUGAUAAGAGUGAGCAGGAGCUGUUGGCAUCCUACAUUGGGGGCCGGAUUGUAAAGGGGGAAAAUGCAGAAGUUGGCAGUGCCCCUUGGCAGGUGAUGCUUUUCAGGAAGAGUCCACAGGAGUUGCUGUGUGGUGCCAGCCUCAUCAGCGACCGUUGGGUCCUUACUGCUGCCCACUGCCUCUUUUACCCACCCUGGGACAAGAACUUUACCACAGAUGACAUCUUGGUGCGGAUUGGGAAGCACCAUAGAACAAAGUAUGAGAGGAACAUAGAGAAAAUCGCCAUGCUGGAUAAAAUCAUCAUCCAUCCCAAGUACAACUGGAAAGAGAACCUGGACCGAGACAUUGCACUGAUGCUCCUGAAGAAACCCAUACUCUUCAGCGACCACAUCCACCCUGUGUGCCUGCCCACCAGGGAGCUGGUACAGAGCCUGAUGCUGACAGGAUUCAAAGGGCGGGUAUCUGGAUGGGGAAAUCUGUAUGAGACCUGGAGCUCUAGCACGGGUGCACUGCCCUCAGUUCUGCAACAGGUGAACCUCCCCAUAGUCAGCCAGGAUACCUGCAAGGCAUCCACUAACAUCAAACUCACUGACAACAUGUUCUGUGCAGGAUACAGUCCUGAAGACUCCAAGAGAGGGGAUGCUUGCGAGGGGGACAGUGGAGGCCCUUUUGUCAUGAAGAGCCCAGUAGAUAACCGCUGGUAUCAAGUGGGGAUCGUUUCAUGGGGAGAAGGCUGUGAUCGUGAUGGUAAAUACGGAUUUUAUACACAUGUAUUCCGCUUGAAGAAAUGGAUGCUAAAAACUAUCAACAAAUAUGGGCAAUAAAGAAUGCAUCUGUCACAUCUCAACUCUUACAGCUGCUUUAAUUUGUAGCACUAUGAACACUAAGGAACCUGAAGUAAAAUGGCUAGCAGUGUUCUCUGGCACCAUUGCCAAUAAAAUGGUUAUAGCAACAAUUGUGCCUGCUUUGUAUGUUGGCAGUGCUGAGAACAGGACUUGGUUCUAUCCAACUCUAAUCUGUAAUUAGUGCCCCAGCACCUGAGCACUAAUAAGAACAUGUGUAUUAAACAAGUCAGCUUGCCAAUCUUUGCCCCUGCAGAUAAGUCUAAAACUGGGAUAAUGCCUAAAGUUACAAACCAAGAGACCCUGAUCACGUGCUCUGUCAGUUGUAAAGCUUCUAGAUUGAGCCUACAGAGAAGGAAACACUAAACUGCUACAAUGGGGCAGUUAAAAUGCUACUAUAAAAAAACACCCUCAGCAAAAGGAAGGCAAGGGGCAACUGUCACCCCUUCCUUGCAGGGAUGAGUUGGUGAUCUUAUGAGUGGAAGACAUGGGAAUCCCCCUAAACAAAUACCUACAGUGUUUAUUUGAAGAUGAACACUUUGCUAGUUAGGUAUCUGGGGCUCGUGGCUACAGGAACCACAUACCGCCCAUCCCCAAAAUGGUCUGUUCUCUGACCAUCUUCGUGAGCUGACAAUGUAGUCAGCAUAACCGGUUAUGCUGCAAGGGAAAGGUUGCAUUUUUGAAAAGCAUUAGGUAGUAGGUUACUUAAUUUUUCUCAACUGCUGGGAUAUAAUUAAACCCAUCAGAACAAUUGCUGGAUGCUAGGCUCCCUUCCCACCCCCCACUACGUAAUCUAAAAGUCAUUCCUACAGCAGUAUUGCUCCCCCAGAUUCACUAGUGUGACACGGCUG